AUGCUGUACUCACGUCCCAUGCCGGUGGCCGAUCACUUUAUGGCGUCCUGGUCCGACGCCGGCGGACAAACGGCCGGCGCAGACCUGGGCGAAGUGUGCGAAACGUGCUACGCCCAUUGCGCCGGCGGCAAGACGGAACUGUGGCGGCACGCCCGAGACCAGCACGGUGCCGACCCGGACCUGUCGUGUCACGUGCCCGGCUGUGGCCGACGGUUUUUCGCUGCGGCCAUGUGCGCCGACCACAGCGCGCAUCACCGCGACGGCGGCUAUCAGCGAUCCGACGACGACGACGACGACCAGCACCACCACGUCGCAGGCCCAAGUGGCCUGCCGCCGUUGACGUGCGAACUGUGUGGCCGACUGUCCGUUAACCGGUCGGCGUACUACAAGCACGUAAGCGUGGCGCAUCCCGAGGCCCGGGCCGCCAUGUGCGGUGUGUGUCACUCGUACAAGGGUGACGUGUGGUCGCUCAUCGAUCACGUGCGGAGCCGGCACGUCCUCGAGCUCGACACUGCAGAAACGACCGCGGUCGGCAAUGGAUCCGACACGAAGCGGGUCCGCAGACGGAGUAUACGGUGCACCGUGUGCGGCAAGCGGUACGGCAACAACCGCAACAUGCUCGCUCACAGGCGGGUGCACGGCCUCGCCGACGAUCUUGUUCCGACGCACCCGCCGCCGCAGUGGUCCGGUACACCCACAGCGACGUGCAGUAGUUCGGUGCACGCGUAACCAUCAUAUUAAUAUUAUUAUAUUAUGCAGUAUUCCGGCACAUCGCCAGCUGCAGUAUUCGUCGUCCGCCGUAGUUGUCGGUGCACUGACGAUUGACACUCAAUAUUUUUUGUUGCUACGGAUAUUCUGUAUAAAUUAUCUAUUGCAGCCU